CCCAGCCAAGCUCCAGCCAUACAACUCCGCCCACUCCGUUACCACAGCCACUAGCUAAAGGUGCUGCUGCUAGCUUGCUCCUGUUAGCACUGGAAGUCAGUCACGUCCUGGUAACUUGUAGUAAACAUUAAACUGUCCGGCCACUUUGAAAACUGGAGGGCAGAGUUUAACCCCAGGAUGUGCUCCUUCCUCGGGUGUGGUUCUUUGCGUCGCCGUGCACAACUCUUUAAGUUACCUGAGGAUCCGGAGAUGAGGCUGGAGUGGGUUCAGUUUCUUUUUGAAGCAAACAAGCAACGACUUAAAGAGUCGUGCUGGACUGAAAUCACAAUUUGUAAUGAACACUUUACUGAUGACUGUUUUGAGCACCUGACUACGGCGGCAGACACGGUCCAGCUGAAGCCCAGUGCUGUCCCAUCAGUGAGUGUCAAGUCAGAGCCAGACGAGCUGUUGGAGAACCCACACUAUGUGAAGCCUGUGGAUAGCAGAGGUACUGCUCCUCAGUCUGGUGACCUAAAUGAUCCAACUUUAAAGUCACCUGAUGUUUCGAAUGCUGUUUGUACUGGAUCCCACCAGAUUCAGUACAAAGUUAGGAAUGUUGACCUGAACAACGAGGAAGCUGGUCUUCUACAGGUGAAAGCAAAGCAUGUUGUGAAUGAAAGCUGCCUCUUCCAGUUGUUCCGCCGUAAGUGCCCGUCAUGUGGAUGCAAACUUCAGACAGAGAAAGUCACCAGUGGUGUGCUCAUCAUCUUGAACCAACAGUGUCUUCAGUGUGACUACGGAUACCAGUGGAAAAGCCAAGUCAAUGCCAGUGUGCCCACAGCUGAAGAUCAACCCCUGACAGAAGUGGUAGACGUAACGCCAGAGACCCAACAGAAAAUGUCUACUGAUGACAACGCCAGCAGCACAGUUCUCUCCGAGAUUGUUACGUUCAGUGAUGAAGAAAGUGAUUUGUCAGAUGAAGGAGAGGAAGGGGAUGAAGGUGGGGUGAGUUCAGAUGGGGAAUGGAAACCAACUGAGGAUUUUUUGCUCUCUGAAAAGCUCACAAAGGAGUUUGAAGAGGAAACUGAAAGAGAAAGCGGAGAGGAACACGUUUUUUAUUCCUUGGGUGGCCUCAAAAUAAAUGAGCUCUGCACAGAGUGUGGACAUUUUUUCACUAUUCCGAAGUCUCACACAUGUGAGCACAAAAAAAAGCCCUAUUCCUGCAACAUAUGUGGCAAAAGAUGUAUUACUGAGCUGUCUCUGAAAUGUCACAGCAGAAUCCACGAUGAAACAUAUGAUCAUCCCUGUAAAUACUGCCACGUUACCUUCAAGACAAAGGUGGACAAACUUAAACACGAGCAGACCCAUCAAGAUAGCAAAGAUCCCUAUAAAUGUCCUGACUGUCCAGAGACAUUUUCCAACAACAAAAGACGCAGGAUCCACUUGGCAAAACACAGAUCUAAGGAGAGCAGAUGUGGAGUUUGUGGGAUUAAAUUUAGGAAUGUACAUCAUCUUCGGAGACAUUCUGUCGUGCACACAGGAUUGAAACCGUAUAAAUGUUCAGAGUGCGAACGCAGCUUUAACCAGGCGGGCCACCUGAAGUCCCACAUGCGUGUGCACACAGGAGAGAGGCCUUUUAAGUGUCCACAAUGUGACAAAAGCUUCAAUCACAAUGUGAGCUUGAGGAGUCAUUUUCAGAGUUACCACUUAUCGAACUCUGGACGUGGACGGAACAAGGGUAAGUUAACUGAAACAGUCAGCACCACUGGUGAUCCGGACGACAGUAGAAAUAAGAGAGGCACAGACUUUAGGUGUGUGGAGGAAGAAGAAGAAGAUACAGAAGAAGAGAUGAAGAUAGCAAGAAAAAAUGCGCAAAAAAGGACAAACACAGGAAGUCCCAAACAAAUGCCUAAGAGACAUUCAGCAGGCAACUUGGUUGUAGCAGGGGGAAAAAAAGGCAAACGUUCAAACUCUUAAGACUGUAAAAUAUAGGAAAACAGGUUUCAGUGAUGAGAAAAGUGAAGACAAGCUAUCAGAAAGUGACUUAUCCUUUGACCUGGCAGAGGGCAAAGAAGAGGAUAAGAAGGAGACCUUGAGGAAGACCAUCAAAUAAAAGGAGGUACAGCAGCCAGAGCAUCAGUAAAAGCAAGGGGAAACUCAAGGGAAGAACAAAAAAGAAAUAUAUGGUCUAAAAAUGCUUAAAACACACACAUCUGAAUAUAUCAUUUGGUUGUGCUGUUGUGAAAACAAAGAAGACAUAGAAAACUGGUUUGGUUUCUCUUGAGUCGAUAAAAGUAUUCAGCACUUUACUGAUGUUGUUUGCAAAAUACUUAGUCAAGGUCUUAAAGGCAUUGCAGGUUUUUACAUUUAAUGUC